AUGUCAUACGAAUAUCCAAGCACAUAUCUGACAAUUGGACAUACGAUUGGCGCUUUAGGAACACUUUCCACUGUUUUUGCUCUAUUCGUCAUUGUUAAAGCUUCCACGAAAUUCAUGACUCGUUACAAGUAUUGUUUAUUGAUAAUGCAGUGUUCCUCAGCCGCUUACGAUUUAUUCGUUCAACUCGCAGUCCCGGAAAUCUACUUACCAGCGAUUGCUUGCAGAUUGCUCAUCCCGAUCGGGCAUAUCUCGAAAAUGAAACCGAUGCAUGGAUCGGCGAUGCAUCCGCCAUUCUACCAAUCCCAAUUUUCACCAUACCUUCCA